GCGAAGGGAGGGCGAGGGGGCAGAGGCAAUAAAACGAUGCCCAAGGGACCAAGGGCAGGAACAUCCGAACCAGGAGGGAAGGGUGAGGAUGCCACAAUCGUUCUGGAGCUCAAAUCAGUUGCCGAUAUUGGGUUGGUUGGUUUCCCAAAUGCUGGGAAGAGCACGUUGCUCAGGGCGAUAAGCAGCGCCCAACCGAAGGUGGCGGAGUAUGCGUUCACCACGAUAUCGCCGCAGCUCGGCGCCGUAUCGACCGACGGUGGUAUAUCGAGUUUCGUUGUUGCGGACAUCCCGGGUCUGAUCGAGGGCGCACACGAGAACCGCGGACUCGGACAUAAUUUUCUGCGACAUGUCGAGCGGUGCGCCGCGUUCGUGUAUGUGGUUGACCUCGGUGCGGGAGCUGGGGGUCGGCCGGGAGUUCGUCCCUGGAACGCGCUUCAGACGCUAAUGGCGGAGCUCGAGGCAUAUCUACCGGGACUCUCUGCUCGCCCAGCCAUCGUGGUUGGAACCAAAGCGGACCUGCCAAACUCGUCUCGCGCGGCGGAGACGCUGCGACGGAGGACAACCCUGCCGGUUGUUAUGGUGAGCGCGCACGAGUCGCGAGGGAUCCAGGAUAUGUUGUCA